AUGGAACAGCCCAGAACGCACACCAGUACCACAAGCGCAUCAGCAGCAGCCACCGCCACUUCGACUUCCCCGCCACCGAGCGCAAAGACAACAACUAAUAGCACUCCAAGUUCGGCCUCUACUACACAAUCGACAGCUAAUACAAAACAAUCCCAGUCUGUAUCUUCAUCUGCUGGUAUGACUAAAGUUCACACGGAUAGUGAAGACUUGGACGUCGAUAUGGAUAGGAGUAGGAGCAAUAGUAAGAAACAUUCCGGUCCUUUGCUAAGGCCUGAUGAUGAAGAUACUGUGAUGGAUGAACUAGACGAAAACUGUGCCAUCUUGCCCGAUGGAAGGUUGUCUCGUAAAGAAUAUAUUGAAGCUGGGUCUUCUACGAGUAUUAGUGGUGGUACUAUCACACCGCAUAAUAACCCUUAUAUGAACCCAGAUACAGAGGGGAAUCUUUUCAAACAGUUUGAUUCAAAGACGGGACAGUUUUUAAGGGCACAGCCCUUGGUUAAGAGUAAGAUUGGUAAUUCCUAUAGGCAACCGUCUAAUUUGAACCCUAUAACGGCUUCGACUGCAUCCUCGUUCAAGUAUCUGAACAAGGGAAAAUUUAGAUCGCAUUCUGUUCCAACCAUUUCGCAUUCGUCUUUGAGAAGAUUGACUAACUGUAACAAUCAUGCUCAUUAUCACUAUCACCAACACCAAAACAAUUCAAUGUUCAAUAACGCAGGCGUCAAGAAGAAGAAACUAUUGAGAUCAAACUUUAAUAAUCAUAAUAACACCACUCAUUGCAUCAUCUCAGGGGAACCCAUCACUACUUAUAAGAACUCCGCGAGUAUAAAAGAGGACAAAGACGAAAAGAACUUAGGAAGCUCUAGCGCAUCAUCGGCUGCACAAAGAUCUACUGAUCAAAUAAGGAAUCAAUCCUCUUUGCGUAAAGCUAUUCUUCUAUGCCAGAACCAGUCGACAACCCCUAAAUAUCAGGAUUUGACCUUACAAGAAAGAAUAACCUUCAUCACGUCACAAACGGCUCCUAUUCCUGCACCACCGAUAAACCUACAGUGUUUGAAAGAGAUUGAUUUACAAGAGAUCGUCAAGAAUCCUCAAUUAAGGCAUGAUAUUAUAUUUGACCCUCUUUUACAGUUUAGACCCAAUUUGGAUGGUGAAAGGGGUAUUAAGAAAAGACAGCUGGCUGACAAAUACUGGAAUGAUGUGGAGAAUGAAAUUUACGUCUAUUCUCAAAGACCUGAUGUCUUCCACUAUGACAAUACAAGGCUGGUACCACUUUUUGAUACCCUUAGAGAGGUUCUAUUAACCAUCGUACCUCAAAGAGAGGCGCACGUGAUAAAUAAUAUCUUGGAUACUGAACUCAACGUACAGGAAUUGUUGAAGGGCUCACUUAUCAUGUCGAAUUUAUCCGAAUGGCUAGCUCAACUGUUCAAGCAUCAUUGUGCUCCAAUGAGAGACGCUUGGGUAGAUAAGAUGAGUGGUAAAUUUAAGGACGCCGAGAAGGAAUCCUCAUUGUCGAAGUUAAUUGACGGGUUAAGACUAGUAUUCCAAAUAUUGGAAGCAAUGAAACUAGAUAUUGCAAACCAUCAAAUCAGAGUUUUGAGGACUGCACUACUGAGUAAUUCAGUAGAAUUUGAAAAACAAUACUUUCAAUCUCUAAUGACUUCUAACAGGAUCAAUUUGAAAUCUUCCUUGGUUUGGUUUGAUAAAAAAUUUGAUGAAAGUGAUACAGUAGGCUUACUUCCCAAGGGUAAAGUAUCACCGCAGGAUGUUUACAAAGUGUGCGUCAGGGGUGUCACAAGCUUAUUGUCAUGCCGUAAGAUGGUUCGUGAAUACCCCACUUCAUUGUCCUUUGAUCAUGCCAGAUUAAUACUGUUGAGAGCAGAUAUACGCCAGAUCGUUUGCCUACUAAUAUGUCGCUUACUUUUCAAGCAAUUGGUGGCCAAUGAUACCAGUAUUGGUAAGCCCACAAAGGACUACAUCACUACUUCAUACACCACGAAGAGGUUGAAAACCGAGAUAGUAAGUAUAAUUACAGAUGAUCACGGAAAUUGCAGAUGGACGAAGAACACAAUGUCGAUCGCUAUACAUCUCUGCAAAGUGAUUAAUGACUUGAAAGCUGAAUACUCGAGGACUUUGAGUGACGAAGCACAGGGUAUCGCCGGUUUACCGUCAACCCCCACACUGGAUACUACUAAGAUCGAUUUCGCCAAAUCUUGGCUGUCCAGACAAACUCAGCCCCUAAGCGAGGUCUAUGGUGUCCUUGAGAACAGAGUCUUUAAAUCUUUGGAAGAGAGUAUUUUCAAGAGAUCCGGUUGCACAAUGGAUGGGAGAGUGAAACACGAUUUCAUUCAUCUGUGCAGUAACAUCAACGCUAGCAAUACUAGCAGUUCUGCCAUGCCGAGUGCCACAUCCACAAGCCAUGCAGAAUCUAUGAUGACUCCAAUGCAUCAGGGAGUGCAAAAUCCAAUCAGUUUGCAGCCUCAGUCCUUGAAGGGCAGUGCCGCCGGCAUAUCCUCAUUCACAGACUCGCGAGAACCGGUAACCACCGUAUCCUCCUCUGAUAGCAACAGCAAUAUGUUUCAUGGGAUAGAGAUGGAAGAGUUCGACAACGUGUAUCGCCAUCUGUACACAGUGAUCAACUUUCAUUGGUCGGUAUUUGGCUGUCACUACCUCGAAUUUGUCGCCGGCAAGAUGGAAAACAGAACCGCUUAA